GUUUCCGGUGGGGCGGAGUUCAGCUGUUUGAGUACGUAGACAUAAACCCAGAUAACUUUCUCCCGUUUCUUUCAGCUCUGAAACUUAUCGACAGGUUUUAAUCUCCUAACAUUCAGCAGACGUCCCGAGAAGAUGGUGGCAAAACAGAGAAUCCGCAUGGCCAACGAGAAGCACAGCAAAAACAUCACACAGAGAGGAAACGUCAAAUCGACGAAAAACAAUGUGGAAGAUAAAGUGUCAGUGGGACCUUGGCUUCUGGCUCUCUUCGUCUUUGUGGUGUGUGGAUCAGCCAUCUUCCAGAUCAUCCAGAGCAUCAGAAUGGGAAUGUAAGAAGGCGUACGAUUCCACCGUCCGACCACAACUCAGCAUUUCUGGCCUUCACUUAGCUUCCUGUUCCUGAAGUUCUGCAGCAGAGAAAUCUCCAGAAUCCUUCAGUUCAUUUAAGUGUAGAUUACUGUAAUCAUCAUGUUCCUUCUUUCUGAGGUGAACCAACAUGUCUUUCCUCUUCUGUGCCUUAUUACGCUGAGGAGAAACCUGCGAGCUAUAAACUGCAGCCCGCGAUCAAUUCCAAUGUCAGUCAAUUUGUGCUAAAUGUAGAAAUAAUGUAAUGUGUCUUAAUGUGAUUUGUCUCAGCUUGUUUUAACAUUCCUCUGAAUUAUGCUGAAAUGAUUGAUUGUGUUGUAAUGUUGUUUUUAUAAAGAGGGGGGGGGGGUCCUGAUUUCUUGCUUUCCAGUAAUUAAACUGACCAAAUCUUGGAGACUUUACACAAGCUGGAGCUUCUCAUGCAAACACUGGCAGCAGUCCUGUAAAAAAAACAGACAGAAGAAAGAGCUAACGUUUCAGAUUGUCCUGCAGGAUCGAUUUACUGCCAUUCUGAUUUGUUUGAUUACAAAAGUAUUUUGUCAUUUCUAAUCCUUUCUAAUUCUCUAAUGCUUACAGCAUUUAAAACCACUGCCUCUAUACAUUUCUGACAAGUGUUUUGUCUCAUGUACGGUUCUCAGGCACAUAUUGCUCUUUGGUGAAUGCCAUUAGGGGCUUUGAAAUCUCAGCAUUCUCAGACUUGGACUAAUGCCUCUAAUGGACUGUGGAACUGAAUGUUCGAACUGAAAAUAAAUUUUAUGGAGAGCAAG